AUGGAGAACACGGAAAGAGCUGAACUCUGCUUUCCACAGCUGAACACCUCCUGCAAGACCCCCACACAUCCUCACACUGAAGCCAUGCUGAUUUAUGUUCUGCUUUCCUCUAUUUCUCUGAUCACUGUGGCUCUUAACCUGCUGGUCAUCAUCUCCAUCUCCCACUUCAGGCAGCUCCACACCCCCACCAACCUCCUCCUCCUCUCUCUGGCUGCCUCAGACCUCCUUGUGGGCCUCCUGCUGAUGCCGGUUGAAAUCAUCUACAUAGAGGCCUGCUGGUACCUUGGUGACAUUCUGUGCACUCUGUAUUAUGUUGUAGACUACAUCAUUACCUCUGCCUCGGUAGCGAACAUGGUACUCAUAUCAAUUGACCGCUACAUAGCUAUUUGUGACCCUCUGCAUUACCCCACCAAAGUCACUAAGAGAGGAGCACAAAUGUGUGUUUGUUUGUGUUGGGUUUUCUCUGUUUUCUUUAGGAUUGUCCUUUUACAUGAUCACCUGGAACAGCCAGGCAGGUCUAACUCCUGUCUCGGAGAGUGUGUGGUUGUGAUCAAUUACGUUGCAGGAGUUAUUGACCUUGUUUUCACCUUCAUCCUACCCAUUGCUGUAAUCAUAGUUCUGUAUAUGAGAGUAUUUGUGGUGGCUGUGUCUCAGGCUCGUGUGUUGCAGUCUCACGUUGCAGCUGCACAACGUUCAGGGACAGUAACUGUGAGGAAAGUAGAGAUGAAAGCAGCCAGGACUCUGGGUAUUGUUAUAGUUGUGUUUUUGUUCUGUUUCUGCCCAUACUACUACCCUGCUCUGGCAGGUGAAGACACGUCAAUUGAUGCUUCGUCUGCGGCCUUUGAGAUCUGGCUGGCGCAUUUUAACUCCUGUUUGAACCCUGUAAUUUAUGCCUUCUUCUAUCCCUGGUUCAGAAAAUCUAUUAGACUCAUCAUGACACUAAAGAUACUGAAGCCUGGCUCCCGUGAUGCUAAAAUACUGUAG